AUGGCGACGGUCCAGCAAUCGCUCACGCCCACGAUUCUGGCAACGGCCAGUCUCACGGGCGUUGCUCUUCAUCUUCUCUUUUUCAAACACGUCGAGGUCGACAAGCGCCCCGCAUCGACUGCAGCAUCUUUUGUCGCGGCAUAUUUCCUACUUGCUAAUGCUCUGCCCCGGAUUAGCAGCGAAUACGCGGGUUUCGCUUGGUCAUACACCGUUGCGCUCCUGGCGUGGGCAUCUCUGGUCCUCUCCCUCUGGACAAGCAUUCUUGUCUACCGCGCCUUCUUCCAUCCAUUAAAGAGCUUCCCCGGUCCGUUCGGUGCGCGAUUAAGCAAGCUCUGGAGCUUAAAUAAGGUCUUGGAAACCAAUAUCAGAUGGUACCGCACCCUGGAUGCGCUGCACCAACAAUAUGGGGAUUUUGUCAGGACAGGACCACGCGAGCUAGUCAUAUUUGACGCAGAGGCGAUCACGCCGGUGCUGGGCUUUGCGUCGAUAACCGGCAAGGGCCCCUUCUACGAUUCAAUGGAAACGUCCGUCAACACGACGCGAGAUCGAGAAUUCCACCGAAAGAGGAGAAAGGUGUGGGAUAACGCCUUUAAGAUAUCGCUUGCGGACUAUGCCCCCCGGGUCGAGGAGUUCACGAGCCAACUCCUCGUUCGAAUUGGUAAGAAUCUGGGGCAGCCCAUUCUAGUAAACGAGAUAUGCAUCCAUUACAGCUACGAUGUGAUGAGCGCCCUGGCCUUUGGUGACCCAAUGGGCUUUAUCAAGGGCGACUCCAACGACAUCGCGAAAUCGGUCUUGGAUAACAUCCAGAAGGGAGUCGACGCCAUCGGACUUCUCCUCCAUGUUCCCUGGUUAAUGGGAAUGCUGACCACGUUCUCCUGGGCAAUUGGUCCAAUGCGCGAGUGGAACGAAUACUCCGAGAAGCUGGUCAUUCAGCGCAAGAACAUGAAAAACCCUAAGCCGGAUCUCUUCAGUCACCUUCUGGACAAUACAGAGGACACUGCUGCCGGCCGCUCUCUUCUUAACUCAGAGUGUCGCCUGAUUGUUGGUGCUGGAAGUGACACCACUGCAACCGCGUUGACAUUCCUGCUCGUCAACUUCGCUCUAUACCCAGAGUGGCUCCAACGCCUGCGCGAGGAGGUCGACCCAACCUUUGCCAAUUCGCACUUCGACUGCACCAGAGCACAGCCUGUCCUCGACGCAAUCAUCAACGAAAGCAUGCGGCUCAGUCCGUCAGUAUUCUUCGGUUCCCAGAGAGAGACUCCCCCGGAGGGCAUGAAGAUCGGAGACACCUUCAUUCCUGGGGGGACCAUUAUAUCCAUCCCAGCAUAUCAAGUAGGAAGAGAAGAGCGCAACUUCGUGCACGCAACAAAGUUUCUCCCGGAAAGAUGGUACGCAAAGCCCGAACUUAUCAUCAACAAGAAGGCUCAUAUGCCCUUCUUAACGGGCCCAUUUAACUGUGCAGGUCGGAACCUGGCAAUGAUGGAACUCCGGUCUGUAGUCGCGCGCGUGGUCCAUGAGUUCGAUAUUGCGUUUCCACCUGGAUCAGACUUCGAUGCUGAGGAUUAUUUUGGGAGGAUUAAGGAUCAUUUUGUGUCUGGUGCGCCGCCGCAGCACCUUGUAUUUACGAGGCGAGAUGCCUAG